GUUACUUGUUUCAACUCCAAUACAACUUUCACAUUAUUAGAUGCAGAUAUGUUAUUCUGCAUGUGAUUUCUAGUCUCUAAUUCCCUGCGCAACUUUACGGUCGUUCGACCUUUUUUCGCUCUGCCCAGAAUCAUUUUGAUAUAACUAGCAGGCGUAGCAAUUUCGGAAUCUGUCCUUGUAUGAUGGCGGACGACGAAAAUUUCCACUGGAGAAACCGCAACGCAUAGCCUACCCUGAAUACUGCAAAAGCUGAGCCUGGGCGGACUAGCCUGCACCUUCGUCAACACAAUCAUACACUCGGGUUCAUGCCGGAAGAUGUCAAGGUUGCAAUAUCGAAAAUAAAGCAGUUUUAGUUUAGAUAAUUUGAGAAUUAAUAACUAAUUUUUAUUUCAAAGCGCUAGUUGUGCAGUCACCUUUGGUGUCCGAGGAGGAUUUUGGAGCUCGAGCUAUCCUACUCGCAUGUGCUGCAUCAUUUUGGGAGGUCACACUGGCUUGCGGGACUCUGCAAGACGGGAGACCGAAGACUGAGCAGGACAGGGCUGUUUGCACCUUCAGGCACUGAUCACCAAGAGUCCCAGGAGCACUGGCCCUGAGCAGUCAGUCAUGAGUGCUCAGGAGGUGCCCACCAAUCCUGGACAGGAGCAGGUUGACGCAGGGGGUGGAGUCCUAGAUGGCCCCUCUCCUACCACCACCACCACCUCUGCCACCCUUGCUGUCCCGGUCACGAUAAAGAAGGAGCCUGACAUGCAGGGAGCCAGUAACGGGAAAGCUGUGCCAGCCGAGAUCUGCGUGGUCCUCGGAGGAGGAGGAACAGCAGCAGCAGGAGGAGGAGGAAGGUCGCGCAAUGACCAGACCCAGGGCUCCUACGUUUGCGGGAUUUGUGGGAAGAAAUACAAGUACUACAACUGCUUUCAAACACAUGUCCGUGCACACAGAGAGUCCGACAGCAUGCCAGGAGAGGGGGCACCACCAACUCCCAACAAUAGCUUCCGCUACUCCUGUGACAUCUGCGGGAAGAAGUACAAAUACUACAGCUGCUUCCAGGAGCACCGCGACCUGCACGCUGUGGACGACCCUUACGAGCAGGUUGUUCUAGGACCUGUGGAAGACGUCAAGGAGGAGGAGCCAGUGGAACCCUUUCAGAAAGUAGGACCAAAAACGGGAAGCUACGAGUGUGAGUUCUGUGGGAAGCAGUACAAGUACUUCAACCCAUACCAGGAGCAUGUGGCUCUUCACCAACCAAUGAAUUUCUCCUUUGAUAAUAUGAAGUCGCCUCGAUCACGUGGAAGUGUGGAUGGAAACAUGGACGUUAGCAAAUACAGUGCAACUAAAUUAGAAACAGACAGUUCCUUUAGUCGGAAAAUGGAGCGCAAAACCCAGUCCAGCCUGGUGGACACCAACAGUUCCCAGAACUCAAGCGGUACUCCAAGCCCCCUGGUGGCCGGUUCGUUCCCUGCAUCACAGAUCACAAAGUGCUUCACAACAAUCCGGGCCUACAGCCCCCAAAACCCCAAAGACAAGGCGACAGUGGCAGAGACCAAGUCUCUAGAACCCUACACAUGUGGCGCCUGUGGCAUCCCGUUCCAGUUCUACAACAACCUGCUGGAGCACAUGCAGUCCCACGCUGCGGAUAAUGAGAACCACACCAAAGGGGGGUCUCCAAAGACAUCACCGGGCCCAGCCUCACAGGACCAACUGUGGAGGUCCCCCCAGCCCCAGCAUCAGGCCCAAGCUCAAAUAGUUCAAGCCCAGAUACAGGCUCAGCCCCAGCCUACACAGAGAAACCACUACACUAACCAAAACAGUGGUGGACUACCGGAGAAGGAAAGGCAGCAGGUGGCCGAGCGUCUCCUCAGGGUAAUGUGUACAGACCUGGGCGUGCUCAACAUGCUCAACAGUAAGGACUUCCUGAAGCUGGCCCAGACUCUGGUGGACACGGGCGCCCGCCACGGUGCCUACUCCACCCGCGAAGCCCUGGGAAACAUGAGCUCACUGGCCCUGCGCCAGCUUCCCCGCAUGUACAACCAGAUCAAGGUGAAGGUGACCUGCGCCCUGGGCUCCAACACCUCACUGGGCAUCGCAGUCACCUGCCACUCCCAGACAGUGGGGCCUGACGCCUGCCUAGUGCUGACAGCCUACCAGGUGGAGGGGUCCAGGCUCAAGCGCUAUGUUCUAGGUGUCAAGGAGGUAGACCUGAGGGAGGGACCCGAGCAGGUACACCAGUGGACCCAGAACGUGCUGUCGGAGUUUGUUAUGUCGGACAUCCGCACGGUGUACGUGACUGAGCCGAGGGUGUCUGGGGUGGGGGGCUCGCCGCUGGGUGGAGGCGGGCGGGGGAGGGUGUGUCUGCGAUGCGCCGGGUGCUCGCUGGGUGUAGUGGUCCAGGCGGUGCUGGGGAAGCGCAGCCUGCAGGCGCGGGGGCUCCACGAAUUGACUGAGCUGCUGGCUGCCUGCCGUGACAUUGCUGCCUCCACCAGCCUCUCGUUACGUGACGACUCCACCAGUGCCACCAUGGAUGAGGGCACGUCUAACCCCUCCACUCCCCCCAGGCCUAGCCCCACCCCUCCCUGUUGGGACCGUACGGCUGAGGCCCUGCUUCAGGUGCAUGCCCACUUUGAGCAGAUAUGUGAGGCAUAUGGGAGGAGUAAGGCCACAGCUUCCACGCUGCAGGGCCUCAACAAACACCUGCUGGGGACGCUGGCCUGCCUGCUGGCCCCUCUACGCCUUGCCGCCCUGGAGCUCAGCAGUCAGAGGAGGCCCACCCUGCAGCAGGUGCUACCUGUGUACCUACGACUGGAGAAACUGUUCACCUCCAAGGCUGGGGAGGUGGGGACCGCCAGCAAGCUCUGCCACUACUUCCUGGAAGCCCUGAAGGAGAACUUUAAGGUGGAGAAAGCCCACCAGGUAGCCAUGGUCCUGGAUCCUCAGCUGAAGCUGCGUCCCGUCCCAGCCUACCAGCAUGAGGAGAUCAUCGCCCGCGCCUGCGAGAUGGCCACAGACCCCCACGAUGGUGGGCAAGCCACCGGCGGGGGGUCCGGAGGUGAGGAUGUGGAUGGACCCUCAACACCCAAACGGCUUCGAGUGAACGUCCCCGGCAGCGGAGUGAACGUCCCCGGCAGCGGAGUGAACGCCAGAGGGGUAGUAGCCGUGUCAUCGGAGGCAUCGUCAGAUGAAAGCCAGACCCAGGUGAGACAGGAGGUUUUCCAGUAUCUGGCUGAACCGCUCCUCCAGGGCACCACCCCAGACCUCUUCCACUACUGGAGCACCGCGGUGGGUGACCGCUUCCCCAGACUGGCACGGCUAGCACUGUGGCUGCUGGCCGUGCCUGCCGUGGGCAUCCGCAGCGAGUGUGUGAGCGUGUGUGAGCAGAGCCUGGCCAUGAAGAGGAGACAGCAGGUCACCACUGAGGAGAUGAACAAACUCAUCUUCCUGCGCUCCAACAUGGCCUGAACGUUAGUCUGACCACCAACGCUGACCUAACCAUGACCUCUCCACCAAUGACUACAGACCAUCUACAUAGGGAUAGGGGAACCCUGAGGGGCCAUACUCGUGAACUUUUGCUUAGACCCAAGGUUUAUACCUGUAGUCUAAAAUGGCUAGCUGAUAGCGUUUCUCAUAGGCCAACCUGACACAAUUAGCUAUGAUGCUGAGCACAUCAUUAAGUCCUGAAAAAGAUUCUGUAUCGGACAAUUCAAAUCAUUGACAUAGUUGGACGUGAUCCAGCACAUUUUCAUGAAAGCGUCCUUACCAGAAGUCCACCGGCAAGUUAGUAACUAGCUAGUUCAGUGUAGAGCGUCUAGUUCCUGACAAUUGUCACAACUUGCGGCGUAGGUUCGAGUCCCCCAUGGGAUGUUUUAUUUUAUCAAACACCUGGACUGGUUGGAUACUGUUCAAGAAGGUGAGGAAUAGGGGGAUCUUCUCAAGAUGCUGAUCUGGUUAGUGCCAAAUGCAACAACCAAGAAUUAUCAGCAGUUGAAUUUGCUUAAAAUUCCUAGGAUAAAUGUCAAGGAUUGUAAGGGUGUUGCAUAUGGUGCUAGCUAGUAACCUCUAUUAUUCGUUGAGCCUUAAAGAUCUCUCUCUUUCGCUGAUUCACUUCUAGCCUAGUCUCGUCCACCAGCCGGCUCUGCUUCUGUCGAACAGUGGAUGAAAUAAGCACUGGUUUUAAUUGACUGGUCUCUUUCCAUCACCAUCUAACCAUUUAAAUCCUCCUCCCUACAUAGUGGACUUCAAAGCAUGAGCAGCGCAACUAAUUUAAACAAGGAAGUAAGUUCAGAAAAUCUGAAAGUAUGCAUCUUAUAAAUGGUUUUCACAUAUCAAAGUUAUAUGCCCGAACUCCGAAUCAACUGGUUUUCCCAAAAGUAAUAUGGUCAAUGUGAUAACAUUUUAUUUGGAUAUUUUUCAAUGUCCCAUGUAAUACAGCUGUAGCGGCUCACUCGCUCUACAUCAACAUAUAAUUAAUUUAGCAGACAUUCUUAUCCACAGCGACUUACAGUACUGGGUGCAUACAUUUGUAUAUAUUUUUGUUCAUACUGGUCCCCUGUGGGACUCGAACCCCCAGUCCUGGCAUUGCAAGUGCCAUGCUCUACCAACCGAGCUACACGGGACCACAGGACUUCUCUCCUCGAUUUUAACCACACACUUUUCAAGUCCCACUUUAUUGCACUGUGUUACCAGGCGAGGUUACUUCUGACCUUAGACGUCAUAGUCAACAUCAUGCCUUCACAUGAUCAAAUUGCCUUCUUUUCACAGUUUCAUCCAUGGCUUAAAGUUGUCUGACUUUAACUACUUGAAGGACUAAGCUAGGCAUACAUUAGACAACGAUACAAAUCUUUACGUCGUUGGAGCACUCACAUUAUGCAAAUUGUCUGCAUAAUCUUGUCACCCUGAUGUCUGCGACAGGUGUGCUCACAUUACACCAGUUUGCUCACAUUGCGACAUGUCUAGACCCCUCCCUGUCCUGCUAUUUCCAGAUGUGUCAUGGCCACCUCCUACUAUGUGGCUGUAGCUGAGCAACGGAGGACAAGUUGCAAGUCACAUCGUAGCACCCCCCUCACUACGCAAGAUACGACUGAAAGUUUUGAGCAGAAAAAUAAUUGGGACCUAGACUGCGGAUCGGGACAGUGUAAAACCCACAAUCGCACUUAUUUCACCCAAUCACAUUAUGCGACCUACGACAUCUUGGUUGGAGUUUACAACAUCACGAUUUACCUGCGAUUGUAGUGAAUCCCAAUUGUGGCAAAAUCUCAGUUUAUAAUCGUAUGAUGUAUGGUCAGCUUAAGGCGUGGCCUUCGGUGGUUGUGUAUGGCCUGGCUUCAGAUUCGUUCUGGACAAUGUUGCGAUUAGACUCCACUGAGUGACUACUGAAUGACUUGACAGUUGGGGUGGGUAUGUUUGGGAGCUCGUAGGCCUGAUUGCCCCAGGCUUGUUAGUGGCAUCUUUCUACUUUUUCAAUGUGGAGUCUUUCUACUUUUUCAUUGUGGUGUCUUUCAGUCUGGUCCUCAAUUGUCCUUUGCCAUGUUGUUUUUAGACCGUCUUCCGCUACACCAAGCAUGUGUCUUUAUGUACUAUGUCAGUUUCUCAUAUUUAUUAGUCUUUCUUAGACUUCAUUUGUUGUUUGUACUUUUUACAUCAAAGAUAGACCCAUGUGUUAAUUUAUCCAAAAGCAAAUAGUCCAAAGAAACUUACUGGUGUGGCUGUUAUGGUUUCAUGCUUUUAAUUAAUGCACUGGAUUUGUUUAUGAUUUCGAUUGAAGGAUUAAAUGUUUUGGCAAUGUAUGUUCAUCCUUCCCUGCACUUGAAUUUUGUCUGUCCUCCGUUCAGAGACACUUUCUAAUAUAGGAGUUGUGUGUGAAAUCGUUGUUGCCUUUGUACAAACUUGCACAAAUUAGUUGCAAUGUGCAUAACAUCUCAAAUGGCUUGACCAAUACUACACUGCUCAAAAAAAUAAAGGGAACACUUAAACAACACAAUGUAACUCCAAGUCAAUCACACUUCUGUGAAAUCAAACUUUCCACUUAGGAAGCAACACUGAUUGACAAUCAAUUUCACAUGCUGUUGUGCAAAUGGGAUAGACAACAGGUGGAAAUUAUAGGCAAUUAGCAAGACACCCCCAAUAAAGGAGUGGUUCUGCAGGUGGUGACCACAGAUCACUUCUCAGUUCCUAUGCUUCCUGGCUGAUGUUUUGGUCACUUUUGAAUGCUGGCGGUGCUUUCACUCUAGUGGUAGCAUGAGACGGAGUCUACAACCCACACAAGUGGCUCAGGUAGUGCAGCUCAUCCAGGAUGGCACAUCAAUGCGAGCUGUGGCAAGAAGGUUUGCUGUGUCUGUCAGUGUAGUGUCCAGAGCAUGGAGGCGCUACCAGGAGACGGGCCAGUACAUCAGGAGACGUGGAGGAGGCCGUAGGAGGGCAACAACCCAGCAGCAGGACCGCUACCUCAGCCUUUGUGCAAGGAGGAGCAGGAGGAGCACUGCCAGAGCCCUGCAAAAUGACCUCCAGCAGGCCACAAAUGUGCAUGUGUCUGCUCAAAUGGUCAGAAACAGACUCCAUGAGGGUGGUAUGAGGGCCCGAUGUCCACAGGUGGGGGUUGUGCUUACAGCCCAACACCGUGCAGGACGUUUGGCAUUUGCCAGAGAACACCAAGAUUGGCAAAUUUGCCACUGGCGCCCUGUGCUCUUCACAGAUGAAAGCAGGUUCACACUGAGCACAUGUGACAGAGUCUGGAGACGCCGUGGAGAACGUUCUGCUGCCUGCAAUAUCCUCCAGCAUGACCGGUUUGGCGGUGGGUCAGUCAUGGUGUAGGGUGGUAUUUCUUUGGGGGGGGCCGCACAGCCCUCCAUGUGCUCGCCAGAGGUAGCCUGACUGCCAUUAGGUACCGUGAUGAGAUCCUCAGACCCCUUGUGAGACCAUAUGCUGGUGCGGUUGGCCCUGGGUUCCUCCUAAUGCAAGACAAUGCUAGACCUCAUGUGGCUGGAGUGUGUCAGCAGUUCCUGCAAGAGGAAGGCAUUGAUGCUAUGGACUGGCCCGCCCGUUCCCCAGACCUGAAUCCAAUUGUGCUCAUCUGGGACAUCAUGUCUCGCUCCAUCCACCAAUGCCACGUUGCACCACAGACUGUCCAGGAGUUGGCGGAUGCUUUAGUCCAGGUCUGGGAGGAGAUCCCUCAGGAGACCAUCCGCCACCUCAUCAAGAGCAUGCCCAGGCGUUGUAGGGAGGUCAUACAGGCACGUGGAGGCCACACACACUACUGAGCCUCAUUUUGACUUGUUUUAAGGACAUGACAUCAAAGUUGGAUCAGCCUGUAGUGUGGUUUUCCACUUUAAUUUUGAGUGUGACUCCAAAUCCAGACCUCCAUGGGUUGAUAAAUUUGAUUUUCAUUGAUAAUUUUUGUGUGAUUUUGUUGUCAGCACAUUCAACUAUGUAAAGAAAGUAUUUAAUAAGAAUAUUUCAUUCAUUCAGAUCUAGGAUGUGUUAUUUUAGUGUUCCCUUUAUUUUUUUGAGCAGUGUAUAUUGGAAGUGAGUGUCACACACCAAGGUACAUCUUUAUAACCUUCCCAUUCAGUAUAGAUAGUUCAGACUUAACUUUCCUCUGUCCAAAGCAAUGGUGUGCUUUUUUACCUCAAGUUCUAUGACUGAAGGACAUGCAGUAAAGGCUCUGGUCUGUCCGACAUGCUUUUUGGAUCUGUCCAAUAUGAUCAAAUAGUAAGUGUAGCAUAUAGAUAAUGGAACUGAAAUUGAUGUUUUAGUUUGUGGUCUUUUUUUUUUGCAACCGUAGUGAAGGGAUUUUACCUGUAGAUCUUAAAUUAGGAUUUCAAGCAAAAAAUGAUCCUGAACAUGCAGUCAGUCGUUGAUGUCGGUAUCUCGAAUACUACUACUACGAUUGCCUCAUACGCUUUCUUUGGUAAGAUUAGAAUUAUUACAAGAUAUGCAUGUAAUUAAUAUUAGAGUACUGAUCUAUUCUAUCAUAUAAGCCAGUGUGUUUCUUCUAAGACGGAACAGUUUCAGGGGGUUAGAAGUUGCUCCUAGGCACAGAUCUAAGAUCUGCUUAACCUCCCCAAAUCCUUGCUUUAAACAUUAGGGGCAAAGGCACAAAACUGACUAGCUCAGUCUAGGGGCAACUUUGUCGUACUCCUUUCAGGGGUGGCAGUAUGUAAAUACAAGAGAACUGCUGUUUUAUUCCACUAGAGGGAGCAAGUGUUGCAGAAAUGGGGAGCACCGUUGAUAACACCAUACCUCUUUUUAUAAACUAGCAUUUCAAAGGUUUUGAUAAACACAACUCAAGCUAAAUACUGUUAUAGAGUUAAAUUCAAACUUAAAAGAAUUAAAAAAUUGCUGCUAACCUAUGGCUUCACAGAAACACAGGUCGCAAUCUUUUUCCAUUGGGUGUGUUGAAAGAAGAUGCAAAUGUUAACUGUAAAUACAUAAUGGCUAACACGAAUAGUCUUUCCCUCAUGUUCAGAAUUUUGAAUGCUCAAUUGGAAUUGAGAAUAGUCUAUGUUGUGUUAUUUUAUGGAGACUUGUCAUUCUUUGUUCUUUUUAUACUCUGCUGGGCUGCAAAAAAAUAUAUUUCAAGUUUCUUAUUUUGAUCCAUAAUUUGUCAUUUUAUUACGCUUUGGCAAAAACUUUUGUUCCGUUUUUGUGGAUUUGAGUUGUCUUAUCGGUAGGCUUAAUUUAUACUUUUGUAGUGACACUAUUUUUAUACUACUGAUAGGAUCAAGAGUCUUUUGUCAGACGUGACAGCGCUGUACAAUGUUCUGAAAUACAUUACCCACUGUAGUAUGUGCUGUGUGAAUAAACUGGCUGAAAUGAA